GCCGUUGAGCCGCCUACCAUGGAUUCGGCACCGACUACCUUGUUCCUGUCGCCAUGAAGGUCUUAUCACUCUUGGUUUCCUUCGCUGCCGCGGUAUCUGCGCUCGCCCUCAAGCAACGCGAUGUCGCAUCCGACUUGAAGAAUCUGGUCCCAGGAUCUUCGGUCAACGUCGAGGUGAAGGCACGAUGGAGUGACUUCAACGCACCCUUGCCUUCUGUCACUGUCACUGUGCAGGCUGAAGACGAUAUCGCGAAAAUCGUUAAAUACUGCACAAAGGCUGGGAUAUCAUUUCUGACACAGAACGGGGGAGUCGGAUGGGGCAAGACCUUCAAGUUGGGCGAAUGGGGUGUUCUUAUUGACCUUGCUGGUCUGAACAGUGUCACCGUGGCUGCGGACAAGAACACUGCGACUAUUGGUGGUGGCGCAAGCAUCGGAGAUGUCAUUGCAUCGGCUGAUGCUGCAGGUGCCCUGGUCAUUACUGGCAAUUGCAACUGCGUUGGCGCUCUUGGAGCCAUGCUUGGUGGUGGUUACGGCAACCUGAUGGGUGAAGUUGGUUUCGGAGUCGACAACAUCAUUUCGAUGCGCGUCGUCACUGCAGCAGGCGAGUUGCUCACUGCAUCAGCCACAUCGAAUUCCGAACUUUUCUGGGCGCUUCGCGGAGCAGGACCAAACUUCGGUAUCGUCGUUUCCGCAACCGUCAACGCGAGGCCAGCAACAGCUGAAGACCGCACUGCCUUCAUCAACAAUCUCUUCUUCUCACCCGACAAGCUAGAGCAAGUCGCGCAAGCAGUCGAAGAUCUGCCGCUCACCCCAGAACAACGCGUCUACCUUGUCUUGACAUCUAGCGGCCCACCACUCAACGAGCCUUCUAUCCUUGUAACCGGUUUCCUCCGCAAGGGCACGCUUGAAAGCGGCCGCAAGGCCUUCGCCCCCUUCUACGAUCUCGGCCCCCUAUCUGACUCCAGCAUUGUCACCACAUACGAUCACUGGAACGACGCAAACAUUGGCUUCUGCACCCGCGGCGGCCGUAAACCCACAUUCAGCUCCACAAUCAAGGGCAUGAAUGCCCAGAAGUGGCCGCAGAUCUGGGACUUGUACAAGAGCUUCCAGGCCAAGGGACCGAACUCCGCUAUGCUUAUCGAGCGCUACAAUCUAACCAAGGCUCAAUCGGCGCCCGUUGGCUCGGUCGCCUUGAACGAGGCACUCCGCCGCGAUGCAUUUGCCCAGGCUCUUGUUAUCCCGUGGUAUGACGAUGCGAGUUUGGAUGCUGAAGCAUUGGAUUUUGGAAGCAAGGUUAGAGCGCUGUGGUCGAGGAGCAGUGACCCCAAGAACGAUCCUACAUAUCCUAAUUUCGCAUUUGGUGACGAGACUAACAAGGCUAUCUAUGGAUCUAGCCUUCCGAAGUUGCAGACGCUGAAGAAGAAGUAUGAUCCUAAGGGACAGUUUAACCAGUGGUUUCCGAUACAAGUAUAG